CUCGGGCGCCGACGCUCCGCCGCCCCGCUGCCCUCAAGCGCCUUUGGAGCGCCCCUCCUUUGAGGUGCCAUUGCCCAGGCCGCUACAGAGCCGGGCCGAAUGCGGGAGCCGCCGCGAGCCUGGGAAGACCGCCGCGAGAGAGAACCUUCCGUCCAGUGGGCAAGAAGUAAGAUCUUAACCUGUCCUGUGGAGAUACCUGAUUCUGAAUGAGUGGAAUUAGCAGUGAGAUUCAUUCAUGAGGAUUAAGUCUGAAGAAGAUUUUGCAGCAAUUUACGUUGAUAAACAACUCUGAAAGUGUCUGAUGCAGGAAGAAGUACCCAGACAAGAGGUUUUUUGUUAGAUGACUUCACAAAAAAUAGUAAGAUGUCGGGUUCCUCACCAUUUAAGAUGCGACUAGUUCAUCUGGACCUGAAAGGAGCCCCACCAAGGGUCUGCUACCUCUCAGAGAUUUUCCCCCUGUUCCGUGCCCUGGGUGCAAACGGCCUCCUGAUUGAGUAUGAAGACAUGUUUCCCUACGAGGGCCACCUGAGGCUGCUGAGAGCCAAGCACGCAUACAGUCCCUCCGAAAUCAAAGAGAUCCUGCAUCUGGCCACACUGAAUGAGCUGGAGGUCAUUCCCUUGGUGCAGACAUUUGGGCACAUGGAGUUUGUGCUGAAGCACGAGGCUCUCGCUCACCUCCGGGAAGUGGCACUUUUCCCCAACACCCUGAAUCCCCACAAAGCGGAAUCCCUGGCGCUGGUCAGAGCCAUGAUCGACCAGGUGAUGGAACUGCACCCAGGCUCCCGGUGGCUCCACAUCGGCUGUGACGAGGUCUACUACCUCGGAGAGGGUGAGGCCUCAAGACAGUGGCUGCAGCAGGAGCCCAACACCAAAGCAGAGCUGUGUCUGUCCCACAUGGAGGCGGUGGCCAGCCACGUGCGGGCCCAGCACCCCACCACAAUACCCCUGGUGUGGGACGACAUGCUGCGGGACAUUCCCGAGGACCAGCUCUCAGCAUCGAGGGUGCCGCAGCUGGUGGAGCCUGUGCUCUGGGACUAUGGGGCCAACCUGGACGUCCACAGCAAGGCGCUCCUCGUGGAGAAGUACCGGAAGAGUGGCUUCUCCUGGCUCUGGGCUGCCAGUGCCUUCAAGGGAGCCACAGGGGCGAGCCAGGCCCUGACCCCCAUCGAGCACCACCUCAGAAACCACAUGCAGUGGCUGCAGGUGGCAGGCAGCAUGCCAGCGGAUACGCUGCGGGGCAUCAUCCUGACUGGCUGGCAGAGGUAUGACCACUUCUCUGUGCUGUGUGAGCUGCUGCCCGUGGGAAUCCCGUCCCUGGCUGUCUGCCUGCAGGCGCUUCUACAUGGAGGCUUUGCUGAAAACGUUAAAGCACGAGUGGAGAACUUUCUUGGGAUUUCAAGCCUGGAAGUAACAGAUUUUAAGAGUGAGGGGGCCGGUUCCUUCCCUGGCAGCGACAUCUUGAACCUCGUCACACAAGUCAGCCUCCACCUGUGCAGCUCCGUGGACGCGCUGCUGGAGGGGGACGGCUUUUCAAAGGUCUUAUUUUACAACCACCAAGGCUGCCUUACGAGCCACAGCGCACCUACCUGUGUGUGGAUUUGCCCCCAGGUACGUGACGGGCUGGUUCAGCCCCUACCAUCGCAGGCGGAAGCUCGUCCACCCUGUCAUGAUCCAGCACAUCCAGCCCCAGGCACUCAGUCUCCUGGCCAGGUGGAGUGCCCUUGUGGGGGAGUUAGAGGCUGCCCUGCAGCGCGUCUUCUACCCGGAUGCAGUGGAAGAGUGGCUGGAAGAGAACGUGCACCCCAGCCUGCAGCGGCUGCAGGCUCUACUGCAGGAUCUGGGUGAGGCGGCCAGCCCCAGGCCGGACUUGGGUCAGGACCCCUGAGGGGAGGGGACCAAGCCCAGGCUGUCUGCCUCCCUGUACCCUCAUCCAGCUGCACCUAGCCCCACGUGCCCCUCCUGAGCCCUGGACAGCUAUGCCAGGGGGCAGCGGCCACGGAAAGAAGAGUCGUGGAAAGAAAAGGCGCUCUGGGCCAAUGCAGUGAUCAGCAUUAGAA